CCUCCCAGCGAUUGAACCCGGAAGUAAUUGGAAGGUCUCCGUAUGUGGAGUUUAGGUAACAUUAAACUAUUAAAGACCAGUCUUUACGGAGAAAAUGGGUGUUAAAAUAGAGGUUUUCAGGAUGAUGCUGUAUUUGUCCUUUCCUGUUGCAAUGUUUUGGGUAUCGAACCAGGCAGAGUACUUUGAAGAAUACAUAGUAAAGAGAAAGAGGGAAAUCUUUCCACCUGACGAGGAGGUCCAGAGAAAAGAGUUGGAAGACUUCAAAGAGAAAAUGCGUGUUCGAAAGGAGCAGCGAAUAUUAAAGAAAUUUUCUGUUGAAACUGAGAACUGAAAAUGUAUGUUGAAGAAAAUAUACGUUCUCUGCACCACUGAUGUACAUCUAAGUUAUAGACAUUGUUGGAUAUAAGAGACGUUAACACCUCCCAAAGGUGGGAGGUAAUUUCCAAGAACGGAUUAUGCCUGAGGUUGUUUCAUUUAUCUAUGAGACUUUUUCAUACGAUACUUCUCAAAUGUUGGAAUACUGUUCUUUGAAUUGCCAUGAUUACUCUGUUAUAAUACAAUUAUUUGAGUUGAAUGUUUCAUGGUAUUCAGUCUUAUUAUAAUGUGUUUUGUGUAGUGCAUAUAACAUGUGUCAUCUCAUUGAAUUGUUCUUAAACUUUAGAUAAAAUGUUGAUUUAUAACUUGUUUAAAGUUUCAUUUGGAAAAUUAAUUGGAAACAAACAAGCCAAGUCAUGUGAAUUAAAUUAAGUAAAUUGUGCAAUCACAUAGAGAUUGGAGUACAAUGCAGGCAUUUGUUUAUGCACAACUCUCCUAAGGUCCAUUGCAUUUCAGAUGGGUUAAGGUUUAGAAUUUGACUUACAAAACGUUAAUCAUUUUAUUUUUCUUUCAUUCUCAUGCAGAUUUGCUCAUUGAUUAUUGUUCUGUUGUAUCACUCAGUUUAAAACAAGCAUUAGCUGUUGGACAGAUGGUGUCACAUUUGCCUCUAAAUUACUUUUUAGGUCUUGUGGCUGCUAAAUGAAUGAAUUAAUCAGUCAACAAAUAAACAGACAAAUCAAGCAUGGCCCUUAGCAUUAAGGCAAACAUCUCCACUCUGGUCUCGUCCGUCCAAAGGACUUUUUCAAGAGGCCUUGUGGUUUGUUCAGAUGCAAUUUUGUGAAUGUCAAUGUAGAUGUUGACCUUCAAAUUGUUUAGAAAUAGUCCCUUUCCAAAUUUCUAAUCCAAGUCUUAAUGUCCUCUUGAUAUUGUGUUAACACACUACUGAAGGCUCCAGACCUUCAUAUGCUAAAACGUUUUUUUUUUUUUUUAUAGAAGCCUGCAUAACUACAGUACUGAUGAUCGGUUCAUCAAAGGCUGAUGAUUGGCCACAUCUUACAGCAACAUAUCUUAAAUCCACUGAAAACAGUAAGGGGGUACUUACAAUUGCCUACCUGAUUUGUAUUUAUUAUUGGCUUCAUUUUUAGUAAAUAGCUCAAUGGGAGUAAAAAAAGGUUCAAAAUACAGUACCGGUAUUUGUUGUUGAUAUAAGGUUGCAUUUGCACAAUGAUCAGUCAAAUGCAACCUUUUGUUGUUUAACCUUUUAUUGAUUAUUGUGUUUUGCCACAAAAAGAUUUAGGAUUAAGAGAAGGACUGGUAACAUUUCCACACAUCUGUAAUAUUCAGAUUGAAAUUAUUAAUAAAUCUGUAUAAAGUUGAAUGGGAUGUUGGGAAUGGGAAUUUACAUGAAAUUAAAAAUUCCAGGUUAAGUUAAAUGAAUUACCGAGUCAACACUAAAACAUUAGGUGUGACAGAUAACAUACAUUUUUUAAGUUAAGCUAAGGUUAUAUUUUUUUCAGUGUGAAUGAUAAAUGUACUGGAGUCCUCUGGGUAAGCUUUGGCCUUCUUACAUCACUAAGCAUAAAACUCAUAAAUCAUUUAAAUAAACGAUAUACCACACAUAAAAUUGUCACCACAGGGCACUUCAUAGCAGCACAGUAAAAUCUUCAGCAUUAAUAUAUCCCAGAGGACUGUGCUUGCCUUUUCAGGCACUCUUAAAAUUUUGGAUGUGUACCUACAACAACCGAUGAACUGCCAAACUUUUGCAAUGUGAUGAAGUGCUGACAUGUGUUUCUCAGAGCCGUUUGGAUGAGACUCUCAAAUACAUUUGGCAUUGCAGAGGAGCCAGAUGGAUGUCUUUCAUUGUGUCUCCCAAGACAAGUGUGUAUUUCUUUCUUGCAGCUGUUUCGUUUUCAUCCCUGUCAUCCAUUUUGAAAUUUGGAUUCAGUCUAUAUUUGAGUUUUUAUGAAGUGGUAGACUGAUAAAUCUUCUAUUUUCAACAAGUAAUGGAAUCUAAGUGAUAGUAUGCUAAUAUGUCAGUUCUCAGCCAUCCCUUAUAACUCCUGUUGCAUGGCUUUUGUUUAAACCUAUAAAGAGUGACAUCAAAAAUAAUACACAGAAAAUCCUAUUAUUAUUUUUUUUAAUUCGAGGUGUUCACAAUUGAAUAAAUAAAUAAAAAACA